GGGUCAUUUCACUUCCCUCGACGGCCCAAGAUCGUCCAAGAAGGGUGUUGUUAUAUUGAAGUGCUCCGAUAUAAGUUCCAUAAGAACCGCAGGAGAUAACUCCUGAGACAGUUGAAAUAACAAACAGCAGAUUGCGUACAGACGGGCCCGAUUCUAGAUUUUAAAGCCCAAGGCGGAGAGAAACCUGGUAGGCGUGAACGUUUGUUAACUCCAGGGCUUGGGGUGGUGGUGUCAGAGAAGUAGCUUACAACGAGUAGCUCACGCAAACGUCUGAGAAUUUUGAAAGUUUCAAAAGGAUUGAAAACACGAAUACAUAGAGUGCAUGCUGUGGCACCGAGAAGGAUUGUCUCGAACGUUUGGAGCCACCGGAAAGGAGCUUCAUGACUUAAAGGUUGAGUUGCUGUCCCGACUGUGUGUAGCACCUUUUCGAUAGGUACUCAGGCUUGGGCUUACUCCAACAUAUUUAUUAGCAGUGCUCAAUUUUCGGAGGUCUGUCGUAUCAGCAUUGUUGGCUUGCCAGCGAGGGAGUAGUUUCGGGACACAUGACAGGGUGGGAAUGGACGAGGAUUUGCGAAGAAGGUGGGGACUUGUUUCGUGAGUGUUGUGCUUGGUCGUAAAUGUGUAAUCGUAAGAGAAUUUGCGUCGGUAGGUGAAGUUUAUACGAUGGGUUUGAUUACAGUCGAGCUCUGUAAGCAAACCGGGAGGUGAAGACGUAGCAUUGUGGCGAUGGAUAAACCCCCGCAGCCUUCUUCGAUUCUACCUUCAAGAUAUACUUCAGUGUUUUCACAUAUUUCAUCAAAGUGGGGGAGGGAAGCAAAUUUGGACAGUGGAGAGAUUCGUCGACCUUAGACCAAUGAAGUAAUUGACUUCAGUUCUUGUGCUAUCCACACGCACACCAUGGCACGAACAGUUGCUUGUGCUGUUAAGGCACUAGUGCCAGACACAUCUUGGUGCCUCGAGAUGCCGUCCUCCUGGGAAUUAGGUACAAAGCCUCUACAAGGGUGGAGGAGACUUGGGGCUGGGGACGGAAUUCAAAGGAGUCGGAGAGAACAGAUUGCUGAGUGCAUCACUUUACUCAGUAGAAAAUUUGUUGAUAAUACUUUCUUGGGUUCAGUUGAAGAGGGAACACUUGUUAUGGAUGAGUUGGAAUCUGAUUCGGAAGGCAACAUUAAUGGAGGCAGGCGGAAGAUAAUGUGGAGAGAGGAGGGAAGUAAUUCUCGCUCAGAAGCGUCGGUUCCAAAGGGUGCAGGCAGUUCUCUUCUGGUACCAGGAGUAGAUAUUCCAGUAUCUCUGGAUCCUUCCGCCUCUCACUCCAGCGCCUCAGAAUUUAAAAAUGCUGACAGCUUUGUUUCAGAGCAAGAGGAGUAUGAAUCCAAGAAUGAUGAUGGUCUAGAGUCAAGAGAUCAACAAUGCUUAACAGAGGAUGACGUUAACUCUACUGAUAUGCAAGCUUAUAAUUUCAAGAUAUUCAGAAGUGGUGAUGUGAAAGACAAGCAACCAGCUUCUAUACUUGACCUUGUCUUCGAUGGCAAAGAAGGUGAAGAAUAUGAGGUGAAGUUGAUCUUGAUUGCAUCUCUGUCUGAACAUUCCACCACAAAUUACAUGCGCACAAUUGAUUCAUGGACGAUGCGACCUGACGAGAACGCUCAGCUGGUGCUGUACGUAAGGGAAGCUACAGCUGCCACAGAAGCUAAGAGUACAUGGAUUAAACUUUGCACAGCAGCCAAGAGAUUCGAGGCUGCGAUUGAGGAUUGUCUUAUCAUAGUUGAAUUUUUGGAGCUUGCUAUGAAAUGGGGGAGGAAGUUAAAGAAAGCCCAAACCUAUUACAACAAAAUCCAGAGAAACCUUGGUGUAGACAAGCCUAAGAUCAGGAAUGUCUUGAAGAAGAAUUAUAACUUGGUCGUCAAAAAGUUUGCUCGGAAAGGAAGAGUACCACAACUACGAAAUGUGACGAUUAUAAAAAGAAUGGAGGAAAAUUUGAUUUUGAGGCAUCAGACGAAUGUGCCACUUUGCAAGACCCUGAAGAGCGGAUUCCAGAAUAAAAUAGCCAAUGCGAUCAAAUCGGUGUCUAAGCGCAAGCGCGUGGUGGAGUCAGAUCCCGAAAAUAUUGAUGAUAGCGGAGACCAGAAGAAAAUAGCUCUGGUGAAGAAAAAUACUUCUAAACGCAAGCGGGUGGUGGAGUCUGAAACGGAAGGCGAAGUUGAUGCCGGGACCGAUGAGGAAGAUCUGAAGCCGCUAUUGCAGCGAGACUUUAAGCGAAAGAAGAGGCGACGCUCAGAGACUAUGUCUACUAUGGAUGACCAGAUGAAGGUUGGAAGUGUCGAGGAGGAAGGUGUUAGUUCUUCAAAGAGAAUUGAACCGAGAGACAUUUCUAGUUCAGAUAAAAUACUUGAAGUUGCAGAGGUGAGAGAGCUCGAAGGUUUAAAGGAGACUCUUGAUGUUGCAGAAAAUUCUUCAGAAAUUUCGAAUGAUUUUAAAUCCACCAGUGAGAAGACCGAAGUUCCAGCGAAGACCUCCCUUGCUGCUGUGAACACUGAGGAAAGUGCAGAGCCGCCGGUGUUACCAGCUGACUACAACAAAAAACCUGCCGAGCCGCAAUUAUCUUCAGUUUUUACUGCAAUUUACAGUGAAGAUGACAUUCCUGAGGACUUAGAUAGUGAUGACGAGGAGGUUGGAGAUGCAGCAUUUUGUGCAAUAUGUGAUGAUGGCGGUGACCUCCUCUUCUGUGAUGGUCCCUGCGUUCGAUCCUUCCAUGCGUCCAUAGAAGCUGCCAAGGCGUCUUCUGAGUCAAUGUGUAGAUCAUUGGGAUUUACGUCGGAAGAUGUGAAGGAAAUGGGAAGCUGGCGAUGUCCUAAUUGCGAGUAUAAGCGCCAUCAAUGCUUCAUAUGCGGCAACUUGGGCAAUAGUGAAGGGGCAAACAAGGAGGUGUUUUUAUGUGAUGUUGCUCUUUGCGGACGCUUUUAUCAUCCGGAGUGUCUUGGUGGCUUUACAAAAUUGACCAAGAGGGAGAUCGCUACAUUCGCGAAGAAUAUCAAAGAUGGAACGGAGUCGGUCUUUUGUCCUGCACAUAAUUGUUUAGAAUGUGGGAAAGGUGAAGAAGAGGGAGGAAUCGACAACUCAAUGAAGCUCGCGAAAUGUCGACGCUGUCCGAAGGCUUACCAUAAGAGUCAUUUACCUCUAUCUAUAUCUUUCGAGGAGACUGAAGAUGAGCCAAUAAGGGCUUGGGAAAUUGGAGAGGAGGACGAACCUGUGAAGCGGCUAGUCAUUUAUUGCACAAACCAUAGUAUUGAUAAAAACCUCAACACGCCGAAGCGGGAUCAUAUAAAGUGGCCUGAAGAAUAUGAUAGGAAGAAGAGGAAAGAAGACUAUGACCGAAAGGAGAGGAAAGAAUUUGAAAGGAAGUCUGCAGAGGAGUAUAAAUUACUUAACAGGGCGAGAAAACAUCAAAGGGAAAGGUGUGAAUCUGAAGGAGAGGAACGGUUUUCGAAAUCCUUCCCCAGUACGCCUUAUCGAGAGCCUAAAGCAAUCCAUAAGAAGCCGGACGUGAGGAAAAUCAUUGCAAAACUGUCUCCACAGGCACGAACCGUCAAGCCACACGUUGCACAGAGUGACCGACACUUUUCUUCUAGCUUAGGGCACGCAGCUCAGUAUAAACCGGACUGUGGCAAAAGAGCACCAGUAGCUGAGUUGCCGAUGCCGAUCUCUGAGGAAACUAUUCUGAAGAGAAUCAAGUCGAUCACAGAGAGCGCAGCUUCGAUUGUUACAGUGGAAAGUGUCCAUAAUGGUUUAUUCCAUCCCAGUUGUUAUACUAGUUCCAAGAGAAGCAUCAUACGUAACGGAGACUUAUACUCUAUCAUAAAUGCUAUGACAAGAGCCGCGGAGAAGGUUAGUGCAGGGGGAAGUAUUGAAGAUGCAAAGCGCAUCUGUCCAGCAGCUGCAUUCAAUUCUCUAUUACGGAGUGAGGAUUCUUUGAAAAUAUAUCUUGCCCCACUGCUGCAUGGCACGCGAUACACAUCCUUUGGACGUCAUUUUACGAAUCCUGAAAAGCUGAAAGAGAUUAUCGAAAGGAUACAUUGGUACAUCGAUGAUGGAGACAUGGUGGUGGACUUUUGCUGUGGUGCGAAUGAUUUCUCCAUACUCUUGAAAGAGAAGCUGGACAGCGUCGGGAAGAAAUGUGAAUACAAAAAUUUUGACAUUCAUUCGACAAAAAAUCCUUUCAAUUUUACAAAACUUGACUGGUUCCAAAACAGAGGUGUUGGAUUUGCUGAGGGAAAGAAACUUGUCAUGGGUCUGAACCCACCUUUCGGUUCUAAAGCAGCUCUCGCUACCAAAUUUGUCGAGCAUGCCAUGCAAUUUAGGCCCAAACUUCUCGUGCUGAUAGUGCCCCCAGAAACAAUGGAUGGAGGAAGAAAAUAUGCUCAGCAUAACUACAAACUUGUAUGGCAAGACGCAAGCCUUCUCUCUGGAAAGUCAUUUUACUUGCCAGGGUCCCUGGAUAGAAGCGACGAGGGGAAUUUGACUCAGUGGAACACUGUGGCGCCUCCACUCUUCCUUUGGAGUACUGUAGAAAUGCUCCAAAAACAUCAACAUAUCGCUCUCCAACAUAAUCAUAUUCGGAGUAUAGCUGAUGGAUCCGAGGACCAACACUUAGAGAAGUUACAAGAAGAUCCCUUCCAAGUAUCAGCUAUGCAUCAGCACAGUUUGAAAGUGCAGGUGGACAUUCCUCCAGUCCAUAUUCUGAAGACUCCUACUCCUUCUCCGACUGGAUUGAAAGGGCACACAUCAGGGGAUCUAGCAAAUAUUCGUAAACCCCCAGAAUCAGAAAAAGGUUCGGCUGUGCCUCCUUCGAGUGAGCAAAGUGCUCCUUUCAGCCCUCCUGUCAGAACUCCGCGAAGCUCAUCUUCAAGUUCUCAAGAGGGACACAUUCCGGGUCCAGUUUCAAGUACUAAUCGUUCCUCCAUCAACCGGAACCAGCCCUUUGCUGGAAGAGGACUCGGGGCAGGACUAGUCGAUAAUUGGUUGCCUCCCAAAAGUGAACGGGAGAAAUGUUCAAAAGUGGUUCAUUCGGAUCUUGGGCACAACCGAAAUCUCGUAGGCAUGCAUGGCAACCAUCAUCCAUCAGCAGCAACACGAAGGCCUGGACUGCCAGAAGGCCUAGAUCAUCGUGGGGUUCAAGCGGACCAACCAGCUUAUAUGCCGCAUCCUUCUAGUCUUCUCAAUACGCGACAGCAUGGAUUUCCACCUGGGCAGAGAGAACAACCACCAUUCAGAAUGACGCAGUUCUCUCAAGAUGUACCACCACAUCUACCUCCGCUUCCGCUUCCGCGGAUGCAGCGUAAACCCCCGCCAUCAGCAACAGCACCACCUCUUGGAUCACCGAGUCCAUCGACAGAGACUGGAAUGCAAUCACGUCGACCUGUUCACCCAAAUGUGCGACCCGGUCCCGCUCCACCCCGAUGGCCGCCAGGGCCCCUACCUCCUCCGCCUCCAAUGUUCCCGCAAGGUAUGCAUGGGCCUCGCAUUCAAAUGCCGGUUCAUCAAGGCCAUCGUUUGCAGGGUCGGCCUUUGAUGCAUCCCCAUCUUCAAGGUGACGUCGGCCGGGCCGGUGGUUUGGAAUUUGGCUUUCCUUUCGGAAGUUCAGGAUUUACACGGAACAGAAGCGGUGAAGCCAGUUUUGGGAGACUUCCUCUUCCCCCUCCUCCCCCUCCACCCCCUCCUCCCAGGGGGGGCACGCCUUUUGGGGGUCCACCGAGUUUUGGUUCUGGAGGGUGGAUUGAGGAUUGAUCACGCUCUUGUCUCUGCCUUCGAAGAGAAACUGUUGAAUGCAAUUUGUUUGGUUCAUGUAGUAGCUGCAGCCAGAAAGGGAGCACGUAGUGGAGUUUCGUAGCUAGAAGAGAUUUUUCGCGGCUAACCUCGCUCGUGUGAAAGAGCAGGUUGUCUGAAGAAAAACGUUGCAGCUAGAUUCAGAUCCUCGCUGUUCCAAAGUAGCCACGGAUGAGUCUAACAUGCGCGGGUUUUCUAAGUUCAGAUGAGGAAUUGUCAAGAAUAUUGCGAAUUUUUGUUAUGUAUAUAUCUAAUGUCCCACUUCAACCGAUGCCUUCGAGCAAAUGACAUUUUAGUGAUAAGUGAU